AUGUUUUUGUGAAGAGCUUUUUCUACGAAGAAAGGAACAGUUCUUAAUUGAAUUAGGCACUCGAAUAGGAAGAUUUCCAAGACAGGAAUGACUAGAAAUUUUAAUUUUAGCAUGCACCAAAGCAGAAAAAUCGCGUUUUCAAUGAGUUUGAGAAGAUUUUCAGUGUUUAAUAAACAGAAAAUAAGUAUUGAGGAUCAGUUGAGAUCAACACAAAAUAAAGAGCAAUUAUUAUCCUGGAUGGAUAGAAAUAACGAAGAAGUACCCAUCGAUAUACGCUGAGAAGCCUUAGAAAAAUAUGUAGGCUUUUACUCUCCUAAUGAUAAAAUUCCUCAAGAAGUUCAUGAUUUUAUCAAAGUGGAGCCAAAAAUCCCUCUUCACUUAUACAGUCUCAUUGACUCCUUCACAAAGCUCAACAUUGUUGAAAAUCCCAAGACCAAUAAAGCAGUGUGGACAUUAGUAGAAUAUUUUAUUUGAAGAACUAAAUUUUGAGAAAGCAUUGAUGCCAUUCCCAUGCUUGCCAUCAUCUUUAAAGGCUUCAGCUCUGUCGCCACCCUCGAAUCAAUCAGCAUUGAGGAGGUCUACGAAUCACUAGAACCUACCCUAAUCAGCUUGAUAAAGUCUGAGUUUUCUUCAGAAAACUCAGCUAUCAGCUCCACUAGGGUAGUUAUGGCCCUAUCGGAGAUUCUGAGCUGCUUUAUCAUUAACCUUGAAGGUAGUAGUGAAGUGCACUAUCACCUCAUGAAGGUAUUGUAUGACCACAUUACAGAGUUGGGCCUAGCCCAACUCUGUAAUGUGUUGCAUGCCUUAGCUUACAAAAAGAUCUACUUCAAAGAUACCAGGACAAGGGAAGAACAAGAGAUAGAGACCAGAUUGGUCAAUGAAACCAAUGUUCAGCUUGUGAAGCACUUUAUCAAGGAGACUUCUUUUGUUGAUCAAGAAUUGGCCAGCAAGAAUUUAAAGAAGAAUAUUGAUCGAUUAUUAACACAUCCCUCGACCCAGCGAGAUGGGUCUUCUCAGUCUCUUAGAACUGUCCUUGAUGUGUACCAGAAGCACAGACUUGAAUGGGCCCUCAAUGUGCUUUUUGAGUAA